GUAAGCAAAUCCAAAUUGUUGCUUAUCUGUAGGAGAUCAUAGCUCAGGGUGGGAAAACCAACAAAAUCAUAGGAUUCGCUCAUAUCAGAUCCCAAAGAUCAUGCGACCACCUGCGCUUUGAAACCCGGUAAAGGCGGUGGCUGUCCAGGCGAGAGGAGCUGAAAUCAGAAGAAGAAGAAGAGAAAGAAAAAAGGAAGGAAUCUCAUAGACAUGUCAACCACCGGGGAAGUGCCAGCCUUCUUCCAGGGUAUGGGCUCUGACAGCCCCGCCAGGUCCAGGCAGAAAUUCUGUGGCGUGUUCUGCCCGGUGGAAGGGUCCGCGGACAGCAAGACGCUGGACUUUGACGCGCUGUCCGCGUGCAGAGGAAGGAGCGGCGGGCGAGUCAUUGACCGACAGACCGACAUCUCCCAGCCGAGGAAGGUGGAGAUAAGGGAGAGUACGGGGAAAGAAGCUCUCCAGAACCUGGAUGAUAAACGGAGUGACCGUCUGCUGAUCAAAGGGGCGAAGAUCGUGAACGAUGACCAGUCCUUCUGCGCUGACAUCUAUAUGGAGGAUGGAGUCAUUAAACAAAUUGGGGAAAACCUUAUCGUUCCCGGUGGGGUGAAAACCAUCGAUGCUCAUGGUCGCAUGUUGAUGCCAGGUGGCAUUGAUGUGCACACACGUUUCCAGAUGCCCGAUCGGGGCAUGACGUCCGCGGAUGACUUCUACCAGGGAACCAAGGCGGCACUGGCAGGCGGCACCACCAUGAUAAUUGACCACGUGGUACCUGAACCUGGCAUCAGCCUCAUCUCUGCCUUCGAGCAGUGGCGUGAAUGGGCUGACAGCAAGUCCUGCUGCGACUACUCGCUGCACGUCGACAUCACCGAGUGGCACAAGGGAAUCCAGGAAGACAUGGAGACCCUCGUGAAGGAUCACGGUGUCAACUCUUUCCUGGCUUACCUGGCUUAUAAGGAUGUUUUCCAGCUUACUGAUGCUCAGCUGUAUGAGGUCUUCAGUGUGAUCCGGGACCUGGGAGCCAUCGCCCAGGUUCACGCUGAGAACGGGGACAUCGUUGCUGAGGAGCAGCGUCGGAUUUUGGAGCAGGGGAUCACUGGGCCUGAAGGACAUGUGCUGAGUCGGCCUGAAGAGGUGGAGGCGGAAGCUGUUAAUCGCUCUGUGACUGUAGCCAAUCAGACCAACUGCCCCCUAUAUAUCACCAAGGUGAUGAGCAAGAGUGCUGCUGAUGUCAUCGCUCAGGCCAGGAAGAAGGGCACUGUGGUCUAUGGAGAGCCAAUCGCUGCUAGCUUGGGAACUGAUGGUUCACACUACUGGAGCAAGAACUGGGCCAAGGCGGCAGCCUACGUCACCUCCCCUCCCCUGAGCCCCGACCCCACCACACCAGACUAUCUCAACUCCCUGCUGUCAUGUGGUGACCUGCAGGUGACAGGAAGUGCACACUGUCCCUUCAACACUGCCCAGCGUGCUGUAGGAAAAGAUGACUUCAGUUUGAUUCCUGAAGGCGUCAAUGGCACAGAGGAGAGGAUGUCGAUUAUCUGGGACAAGUGCGUGGUGACAGGUAAGAUGGAUGAAAACCAGUUUGUGGCUGUCACCAGCACCAAUGCCGCCAAAAUCUUCAACCUGUAUCCCCGCAAGGGCCGCAUUGCUGUGGGUUCAGACGCUGAUCUGGUGCUCUGGGACCCAGAUGUCACAAAGAUCAUCUCUGCCAAGAACCACAACUCGACUGUGGAGUACAACAUCUUUGAAGGUACAGAGGUGCGUGGCGGGCCUCUCGUGGUCAUCAGCCAAGGGAAGAUCGUGCUGGAGGAUGGGACCCUUCAUGUCACUGAGGGAUCUGGUCGUUUUGUGGCCCGUAAACCUUUCCCUGACUACGUCUACAAGAGGAUAAAAGCUCGCAGCAGGCUGGCUGAGUUGAGGGGUGUACCCAGAGGAUUGUAUGAUGGGCCAGUCUGUGAGGUGUCAGUCACUCCUAAAGCCAUGACUCCUGCCUCCUCUGCCAAGACAUCACCUGCCAAGCAGCCCAACCAGCCUGUACGCAACCUCCAUCAGUCUGGAUUCAGCCUAUCUGGUGCUCAGGUAGAUGACAACAUUCCUCGCCGGAACACGCAGCGUAUCGUGGCGCCUCCAGGAGGCAGGGCUAACAUCACCAGCCUUGGUUAGAGCUCCGUCCCCUGCGACGGAGGAGGAAAUGUGGAAGGAUGCCCUUCAGGAGCUGAGCAGGUCAAGCAGCGACAUGACUUCACCUGAAGCCAGUCGCUAUGCUGCACCUGAAUGGCCCGCAUCCUUUAACCUCAAUCUAACACCUCCUCUUAUGCAGUUGUUUUUUCUUUCUUUUUCCACAUACCCACUCCCCUCUUCCUGAUUACCUGAUCCUUGUGGUCACAGCUAGAAACAAAAAAACAAAAAGGUCUGCCUCAUAUGAUGGGAAAAAGAGAAAAAAAAUUAUAACACUGCUUAUUUGAGCACUUUUAAAUGCAUUAUUUCUUUUUCAUAUUUUUCUUUCUCCUUGCAACGUGUCAUUUUGAAAUUUGAUUUGUACUGUUUUUGUUGAUGUCAGGUGAGAUGAAAGUAAGUUAACACAGUUGAGAAAAGAGGAUCAAAUUCAUGCAGGAUUUCCAAUGUUUCCCUUCAUUUUUCUUAAUUUUGAAAGAAGUUGAAAUGGGUACAAAACCAGUAUUUUUAUGUAUUUUUUCAUUUUUCUCGUUAAUAAGCCAAACACAAGGUUGCUUGAAACUGAACAGUCUUACGGUUUUGUAGCCAAGUCAAGGAUCUUCAAGCUGGCGACUAUCUGACUACUUGUGUUUUGUCUUGUGUUGCAUUUGAACUCCUUUUGAGAAUUUAAAUGAUUUGCUAAGACGGCUGCCUUAAAAAUUGAAAUAAUUUAACACAGCAGUCUUUUAUUGUCAUUUUUAACUCUAAUUGCAGUGGCCCACGUUUUCCCAUCUGUGGCUUUGCCUAGAUACACAAGUUAUGAGUCCGCUGGAGAAUCUCAUGAAGCAGAGGGAGGUUUAGCAAGUAAUGAAUAGAGCUUUAGGUAAUUUUUAAAGGAACAGUGUGUAGGAUUUAGUGACAUCUAGUGGUGAAAUUGCAGAUUGCAACUAUUAGAAUAAUCUUACUAUAACCUAAAUUUCCAAGCAUGUAAAGUAAAUUGUAGUGGCUGCUUAAAGCAAAAAAUGGAGAGAUUCUAAUGGCAGAAUGGGUGCUUGUUAUGUCAUGUCUUGACUAACAGAAAAGCAUGGUGCAAAUAUAGCGGACCCUGGCAGAAGGAGAACCUAGACCAUAUGUAGUUAUAAAGACCUCAUUCUAAAGUCUUGAUAAGAUGAUAAAUCAUUAUUUCUUGACAACUCUACAUACAUGUUUCAGUCAUCUUGCGACUAAUUCACAUCUUCUGUUGCCAAAUUAAAAUCUGGGUCCGUUGAAUUGUUUGCUAGCUUAGCUUGUAGUGGAAAGUUGAAAUCAGUUUAGCUUUUUCAAGCAACGGAGGUGCUAACUAAUCAAGUCACCUGACUAAUCAUGUCAUCAUUCCAAUCAGGCCUGCAAACCAACACAUCCAUGUGAGUCCUGCAUUAUGUUAAUAGAGCCCCCUAAAUCCUACGCAAUGGAACUUUAGAAGGAUAUGUGGGAGAGAGUAAUAGAGACAAACAAAGUCCCUUAAUACUUAGCCUUUCCUUGCCUUACUGUCUUUUCAGAGAGUUUUUACAAGUGCAGGAAAGGUGCCAUUCACUACGCAGCUGCUGUUUUUUUUUCCCUUUUCUUUUGCAUUCCUGUAAAUCACAAGGGUCCACAUUUCUUCAUUGACUGCUGCAGAAGCAUCUGAUAGCCGUCCAUCACCAACCAGUGCAUUUACACCCAGAAUGUGACUGUUUUAUACUCAUUAAAAAUCCCUUUCUUUUCUACUCUUUAUGCUCUUUAUGUGCCUGAACCCACAGAAGUUGUAUUGAUAGUCUGAUAUUAUUAUUCUUGUUUUGUUUUUCUGUUUGAGGUAAGUGAAGGAUGUAAGAUAAAAAAAAAAGAUGUAAAAUAGCCAGGAUUAACCGAUUCAAAGGUGCCAGACUUUGCGCUUUCGUAGGGCCUAUUCUGUUGAUAGAGCCCCUGUAAAGACGAAAAAUGCUCAAUAUCUUGAAAUGUUCUAAUGUUUUAGAGUUUUUACCUUGUUGUCGAACUGCUAUUUAGUGUCAUUCUGUAACUAGGUGCCUAAGGGCUGAGCACUAUUGAUUUAUGCUUGAAAGUAGACAUGGGCUAAUGUACUUCUGACUUGUGUGCAGUGUUGAUGUGUGAGGGAUGGGACACGCACAGCUGGCUUCGGUACAACACUGCUAACAGUUGUGACUGUUGCAUCACACCAGGCUGAUUUGAGUGUUCAAAUGUUCUUGUUCUUUAAAAAAAAAAAAAAAAAAAAAAAAAAAAAAAAGCGAACACGGUCUGGUUUUCAUUAAGCCAACUGAUUUCCUGCACUGUUGCUUAUAUUAGCAAGGUCCUGGCCAUCUUUCUGCAGCCUUUUUUUUUUUUUUCCUGUGACUCAGCAUAGAGCAAAAGAAAAAAACCCACCCUGAUACAUACACAACCAGAAGCCAGCUCUUUUUAAGACUAGCUUAAGCUUCUGACUGCAGUCUGACUUAUUUUAAAAGACCAAAGUUAGCUUUUAGAGCUAAAGCAAGUCUUCCUUUGUGCAUCUGCCCCCCUAACUUAUUCAAACAUACACACAUGCAUAAUGUAGACGAACAAAUGUACACCACUUCUCUCUGUUUAUGUUUUCUGCCUCUGUUGCUUCAGGCUGAAAUCUGUAGAAGGCAAAGUCUGUCAGCGUAACAAAUGGUACAUGUAUUUAAAGAAUUCAGUGCAAGGGGAAUGUAGCAAAUGUAUGUCCCCCCCAGGCAUUCAAAGAUGGGACAAGAUAGGAGUGGCUAAUCAGAGCUCAACCUCCACAGUGAAUUACACAAAAAGUUUGUCAAGAGUUUCCCUAACCAUCUCUUUUAUUAUCCAAAUUAAAAUAACUGUGCUAUGACUGCAAUAUCCAGUUUGGUACGAGGGUAAACGAAGGUCCAGCAACACUAACAGUUUAGCAGCAAGGGUUUCUUUCACUGUUUUCUUUCUCUCUCCAACUCCCUCCCUCACUCCCUCCUUCCUUCCUUCCUUGGAACUUUUGUUGUUUCUGGUUGUUACCUUGGCAACAGACCCCUCCACACUCACACUGUUAUGCUUAUUUGUUUGUCAUGGCAACGCUUUGUCAAAUUAGAGGUUGCCGUUAGCAACCUAUCCUGACCUGGUGCUAUUAGCACAACUUUGUGCCGACACACACACACACACACACAUUUUUCUGAUGAUUCUGUGACAGUGCGGCAACAUCUCUGUGUAAUCCUGCACCUUGAAAAGAGCUAAAAAACACAUUAAAUGCAGCAUCUAAAGAUUUGACUGAUGCUACAUAAGAAAACAAACAAAAACCAUCAGGCAGUGCUGGCAUCCUCGCUGUGUCCCAUGCCUCCUCAGUCUACCCACACAUACACACACACUUAUGCUCCUUUGAUGCUCUGUCAGCUUGGAUGCUUCUUCUAUGCCAUACUAUGCUAAUGAUAUAUGAGUGAUAUGUAUGUACUCAACGUGCUACAAACUGAGAGGGACUUCCUUCCAUUCUGAGGUUGUUUAUGCUGUUGAACACCUAUUUUUCUCCCCCUGAGCUUCUUAGUCACCCCUCUGUAAGCCUUUCCCCCCUCUUUGUGAAAGUGAAACUGUGUGAUGGUGUUUGUCUUUGGUGGCUGUGGGAUUUCUGGGAUGCUUGCUUGUUAUGGAAAAAGUGUCAAAUCCCAUGGAUGGUGAUGUAAAAUAAAAAAAGCAACAAAAAAUGACGAGGACUUCAAGUAAUAAAAAACAGAAAAAAGGAAACAAAAUCUGUUUUUGUUGGAUU